AUGGCGGACACGGUGAACCUUGAAACUGCUCAACAUCAGCGUGCACAAGCUCACAACGCCGCUGUGGCAUCGUGCCUCCUCACAGAGAAAGAUUGCGUGGGAUCAUCACGAAAGCACAGCGCCGCUCAUUGGUGUCUGCAGAAUAUUGCUCAAGAAUCAGUUGACAGCUCUGAUGAGGAGUUCUUUGAUGCCAGAGCAGAUGUUAUGGAGGGGAAGAGCGCCAUUCUGCUGGGCAUGAGUCAGUGGAACUCAAAUGACCUGGUGGAGCAGAUUGAAACUCUGGGACACAUGGAGGACCAGUCGCACGAGGGUCUCUACCAGCUGGGUGGUCCACGCUGUGCCCCUCAGAGCAGCAUUGACGGACUGGAGGACACAGAGAGGAAAUGUAAGACGCAUGUGCUGCUGCUGGUGGUGCAUGGAGGAAACAUCUUGGACACAGCAGGCGGAGACCCCAGCUCAAAGGCUGGCGAUGUGGACACGCUGGCCUCGGUGCUGGAGAAGGUGACGCGGGCGCAUUUCCAGGCUGUCGCAGAACACAUCAAGAUCAAGCUGGUGCCAUGUCUGGCUGUGUGUGCCGAGGCCUUCUCCCUGGUGUCCAAUCUGAACCCAUACAGCUAUGACGAGAGCUGUGUGUCCAGUAGCGUGGACCACCUGCCCUUGGCUGCCCUCCCCCUCCUCGCCAUCGUCUCACCUCGCUACCAGGAUGCCGUGGCCAUCGUGAUUGCCCGAGCCAACCAGGUCUAUCACCGCUUCCUGCAGUCAGAGGACGGCCAGGGAUUCACGGGUCAGGUCUGCCUGAUGGGCGACUGUGUGGGAGGUGUGCUGUGCUUUGACGCUUUGUGCUUUAGCAAUCACCAGAGGCCCGGCAGCCCCAACAGCAGCAAGAACAACAGCACUGAGAGCCUGAAGGAUAACUCGGGCCUACUCGGGGAGUCCAGCCCGGGUCUGAGUUCAAGCAAGAGGCUCAGUAAGAGCAACAUCGAUAUCUCCGCCCCCAAUGAAGGGCACGGCCAGGGCGGGCCACCGCUCAGCCGCAAGCAGAGCGACUCCUAUGAUGGAGACACCACGUCCACGGGCCAGCACAGCUUCUUUUCCAGUUUGAUGAAGGAGGGUGUGGAGCUGCGUGGUGGCAGUAGCACUGGUCUGGUGUUGAAUCCCGGUCAAUUUGACUUUGAGGUGUCAGACUGCUUCCUGCUGGGCUGCCCUUUGGGCCUGGUGCUGGCCAUGAGACGCACCGUGCUGCCUGCCGUCCAGGUGAGCCAGCUGCAUCCAGCCUGCUCUCAGAUUUUCAACUUGUUUUACCCUUCGGACCCUUCAGCCUCCAGACUGGAGCCGCUGCUGCAGUCUCUCUUCCACAAGUUGCCACCGUACGCCGUGCCGCGCUACCAGCGCUACCCUCUCGGAGAUGGGCGCUCAAUGCUCAUAGCGGAGAGUAUCCAAAGUCAUUCAAAUGUUUUUCUGGAAGCUGAGCAAACCCCUGGAGGUUCAGCUUCACAGACGUCCUCUGAGACGAAGACUGAAGGAGGGGGGGCAGAAGAAGGAGGGCGUAGAGCCAGCGUGACCAGUGUGGAAAGUGAAAUGUCCAUUUGCUCCAUGGGCCAGCUGGGAAACACCAUCGCUAACAUUUCCAGCAGCUGGUGGGGCUCCAAGAGGCUGGAUUAUGCUUUGUACUGUCCUGAUGUGCUGACUGCCUUCCCAACGGUGGCUCUGCCUCACCUGUUUCAUGCCUCCUACUGGGAGUCCACUGACGUAGCAGCCUUUGUUCUCCGGCAGCUCAUGGGAUGUGACUGUGUGAAGACCCAGGAAGCGGACAAUUUGGGCUCUGCUCUGUUCUCUCCCUCAAGCCCACGAGAAAAAUGGCUCAGAAGGAGGACUCAUGUCAAACUAAGGAACGUCACUGCCAACCACAGGGUGAAUGAUGUCAUUGCCAUCGAGGAUGGGCCUCAAACUCUGGUUGGUCGCUUCAUGUACGGCCCCUUGGACAUGGUCACUCUGACUGGAGAAAAGGUGGACAUCCUGCUAAUGACACAACCUCAGUCCGGCCGCUGGGUGCACUUUGACACAGAGGUGACCAACAGCAGCGGCAGAGUCACAUAUACGAUACCCAAGAGCAAGAAGCUCAGCCUGGGAGUCUAUCCGAUUAAAAUGGUGGUCAAGGGCGAUCAAACGAGUGCAGAGGCCUACGUGACUGUGUUGCCGCGGGGCAUGGAGUGUGUGGUCUUCAGCAUCGAUGGCUCUUUUGCUGCUAGUGUGUCAAUCAUGGGCAGUGACCCCAAGGUCCGCCCUGGAGCUGUCGAUGUCGUCCGGCACUGGCAGGACCUGGGUUAUCUGAUCAUCUACAUCACAGGCCGCCCUGAUAUGCAGAAGCAGCGUGUGGUAUCCUGGCUGUCGCAGCACAAUUUUCCUCACGGGAUGAUCUUCUUUUCUGAAGGCCUGGUUCAUGAUCCCCUUCGACAAAAGACCAUCUUCCUCAGGAACCUCAUGCAGGAGUGUCACAUUAAGAUCAACUCUGCUUAUGGCUCCAUGAAGGACAUCACUGUUUACAACAUGCUAGGCCUCUGCCCCUCACAGAUUUAUAUUGUUGGCAGACCUUCGAAGAAGUAUCAAAAUCAGUGCCAGUUCCUGAGCGAGGGAUAUGCAGUGCACCUUGCCACCCUUCAGUUUGGGCACAGAGCCAGAACCAAGAAAUCCCCUUCAGUCCGUAUGGUCCUCAGGAAGGGCUCUUUUGGCCUCUCGGCGAAGCCUGACUUCCUGUGUAAGCGCAGCCACCUGCGCAGGACCAUGUCAGUGCAACAACCCGACCCACCGUGUACACCCAACCCCAAGCCUGAGCGAGCUCAGAGCCAGCCGGAGUCAGAUAAGGACCACGGAGGAGGAGGGGGAGGAGGGGGAGGCGUAUGGGGACGGCCCUCCAUUCACCGUGGAGACACCACUCCCUGA